GGAGACAGCAAACUGGGCAGCAGUUCCCAUUGGCUGUAAGGAUCUCCCGGGGACUUGUGCACUGCUUCUCUGGCAGCCCCUGGAUUUGGGUGUAGGCUCGCUCGACCCCACACCUUGUUCCUCCUGCUCACCUCCUCCCGACAUUUCCCUGCACUUGCUUGCUCAGGUCCUUCCUUGCUCAGAUCUGGAGAACUCAGGCCUGUGAGCCAGGAGGGCCCAGUUCCAAAAAGCCAAGCCACUGUCGUGCAGGGAGCAGAGGGUCACAGGACUUGUCCAUCUUGGGCGUCAGCCCCCCACAGGCCUGGACAAUGGGCAACGUGAUGGAAGGCAAGUCGGUGGAAGAGCUGAGCAGCACUGAGUGCCACCAGUGGUACAAGAAGUUCAUGACCGAGUGCCCCUCCGGCCAGCUCACCCUCUACGAGUUCCGUCAGAUCUUUGGCCUCAAGAACCUGAGCCCAUCGACCAGCCAGUAUGUGGAGCAGAUGUUCGAGACCUUUGACUUCAACAAAGACGGCUACAUCGACUUCAUGGAGUACGUGGCGGCGCUCAGCCUGGUCCUCAAGGGGAAGGUGGAACAGAAGUUGCGCUGGUACUUCAAGCUCUACGACGUGGACGGCAACGGAUGCAUUGACCGCGACGAGCUGCUCACCAUCAUCCAGGCCAUCCGAGCCAUCAACCCCUGCAGCGACUCCGCCAUGAGUGCAGAGGAGUUCACCGAUACUGUGUUCUCCAAGAUCGAUGUCAACGGGGAUGGGGAGCUGUCCCUGGAGGAGUUCAUGGAGGGCGUCCAGAAGGACCAGAUGCUCCUGGACACGCUGACAAGAAGCCUGGACCUCACCAGCAUUGUGCGCCGGCUGCAGAACGGAGAACAGGACCAGGAGGGGGCUGGCGGUGGGGCGGCUGAGGCCGCCGGCUGAGCCACCGCCGGGAAGCUUCCGUGCUGGGGAGCGGGCGUGCGGUGGUGCUGGCUGUUAUACUAGAUAGCGUCUACUGCACUCAGAGGCCCAGGCCGCCUCUCCGGGCUGCGAGGCGGUGGCACAGGAGCAGUGGUGGGAGUCCAGAGGUGGGGACGGUGAAGCUGCUUCUGAAUCUCAGUGUGACUCAGCUGGUGGUGACUGCUUCCUGCCAGCAGCAGCCCCUCAACACCCCUGCGCCCUCGGGCUUCUCCUGGCCCCUCUGGAGGCUCCCCCAGCCCCACCCUCUUCUAGAGGUGGAAGCUCUGAGGCAGAGCUGAGCUUUCCUGGGACUCUGAUGGAACCCCCCAAGUCUCCGUCCUGGUGCCUCAAGGAGCCCAGGACCUGCGGCCUGCCUGUAUGGUUUGCACUGAUUCCUCCCUCAUUCAUUGAACAAGCAUUUAUCUAACGCCUACUAUGUACUAACGCCAGAUGUUAGAUGUGCAGAGGAAAGGACCCUUCUCAUCAUCAGUGAACUGCCAGGCUAAACGUCAUUAUAAUAAAACAUGCUAAGGGAAGCCGUGA